UUUUCUAAGGUGAGGGUGGAGUGUUAAAGAUACAAUUGUGUAUAAGGUACAAUUAGAAAUUAUUGUACUAAAAUGUAUUGAAUAAAUUGCAAAAUAAUCAAGAAUUAUUUUGCUUUAUCAUAAAGAACUCAAGGUUUUAGCAUACUUGUCUCUAAAAACGUAACCUCUACAGAGGUUUAUAUUUAAGUUGUAAUGGCUACUGAUAAAGUAACUUUGGGUGAUGCCUUAUCCAAUGUUGAUGUACUUGAUGAAUUUACAUUACCUGAUGAACAACCUUGUAUUGAAGCACAACCAUGUUCUGUGGUAUAUCAAGCCAAUUUUGAUACUAACUUUGAAGAUAGAAAUGGCUUUGUUACUGGGAUUGCUAAGUACAUUGAAGAAGCUACUGUUCAUGCAAGUUUGAAUGAAUUAUUAGAAGAAGGUUUGAAGCAUGCUGUAAUGUUAUAUACUUGGAGAUGUUGUUCUCGUGCAAUACCUCAGCCAAAAUCAAAUGAACAGCCCAACAGAGUAGAAAUUUAUGAGAAAACAGUAGAAGUAUUAGCGCCAGAAGUAAAUAAAUUAUUAAAUUUUAUGUAUUUUCAAAGAAAGGCAAUUGAAAGAUUUUCUGGAGAAGUGAAACGUUUGUGUCAUCAUGAAAAAAGAAAAGAUUUUGUUUCUGAAGCAUAUUUACUUACUUUAGGAAAAUUUAUCAAUAUGUUUGCAGUUUUGGAUGAACUUAAAAAUAUGAAAUCUAGUGUAAAAAAUGAUUAUUCCACUUACCGAAGAGCUGCUCAGUUCCUUAAAGUGAUGUCUGAUUCUCAAACAUUACAAGAAUCUCAAAAUUUAUCAAUGUUUUUAGCUACACAAAAUAAAAUUCGUGAUACAGUAAAAGAAAAUUUAGAAAAAAUUCCAGGAUAUGAAGAAUUACUUGCAGAUGUUGUUAAUAUAUGUGUUCAUAUGUUUGAAACUAAAAUGUAUUUGACUCCAAAUGAAAAACAUAUGUUGGUAAAAGUGAUGGGAUUUGGUUUAUUUUUAAUGGAUAGUGAGCUUUGUAAUAUCAAUAAGUUAGAUCAGAAAAAGAAAUUAAAAUUAGACAGAAUUGAUAGAAUUUUUAAAAAUUUGGAAGUAGUACCAUUGUUUGGUGAUAUGCAAAUUGCGCCUUUUAAUUAUAUUAAACGAUCUAAACAUUUUGAUGCUUCAAAAUGGCCAUUGUCUUCUUCAUCAAAUAGUAUGAGUCCACAAGCAGAUCUUAUGGUACAUCUUCCACAGAUUAGAGAAGAUCAUGUUAAAUAUAUUAGCGAAUUAGCAAGAUACAGUAAUGAAGUAACUACGACAUACAAGGAAUGUGCCAGUGAUGCGGAAAAUCGAGAAACUGCAGAAUUAGCGUUACGUGGAUUACAAUUACUUUCUCAGUGGACAAGUGUAGUAACAGAACUUUAUAGUUGGAAACUUCUACAUCCUACUGAUCAUCAUAUGAAUAAAGAAUGUCCCCAGGAAGCUGAAGAAUAUGAAAGAGCUACGCGUUAUAAUUAUACAGAUGAAGAAAAAUUUGCUCUGAUAGAAGUAAUUGCAAUGAUUAAAGGAUUACAAGUAUUAAUGGCUCGUAUGGAAACAGUUUUUAUUGACGCAAUACGUAGAAACAUAUAUGCGGAAUUACAAGAUUUUGUUCAACUUACAUUGCGAGAACCAUUACGUAAAGCAAUUAAAAAUAAAAAGGAUCUUAUUAGGAGUAUCAUUGUAUCAGUACGAGAAACUUGUGCUGAUUGGCAUUUUGGAGUAGAACCAUUAGGAGAUCCUGCAUUAAAAGGAAAGAAGGAUCCUGAUAAUGGAUUUGGUAUUAAAGUACCACGCCGAAAUGUUGGACCCUCUUCAACACAGCUCUAUAUGGUCCGUACUAUGUUAGAAUCAUUAAUUGCGGAUAAAAGUGGUGGAAAACGUACUUUGAGGAAGGACAUUGAUGGCCAAUACCUUGUGCAAAUCGAUCAAUUUCAUAAAACUAGUUUUUAUUGGAGUUACCUCUUAAAUUUUAGUGAAUCAUUACAAGAUUGUUGUGACUUAUCUCAAUUGUGGUACAGAGAAUUUUAUCUAGAAAUGACUAUGGGUCGGAAGAUACAAAAAUGCCAAGUUCGUCACCAGCAUAAUGAAGAGUGUAGCGAUUUGAUUACAAUGGAGAAACGUAUUCAAUUUCCAAUUGAAAUGUCCAUGCCAUGGAUUUUGACUGAUCAUAUAUUACGAAGCAAGGAACCAUCAAUGAUGGAGUACGUUUUAUAUCCACUCGACUUAUACAAUGAUAGUGCAUUAUAUGCUUUGACAAUAUUUCGUAAACAGUUUCUUUAUGAUGAAGUAGAAGCUGAAGUAAAUUUAUGUUUUGAUCAAUUUGUUUACAAGCUUAGUGAACAAAUUUUUGCUCACUAUAAACAACUUGCUGCAAGUAUAUUGUUAGAUAAAAGAUUUCGAGUAGAAUGUGUUGCAUUAGGAGCAUAUUUGCUUCCAUAUCCUCGUGCUAACAGAUACGAAACUUUAUUAAAACAAAGGCAUGUUCAGUUACUUGGGAGAAGUAUUGAUUUGAACAAAUUGAUUACGCAACGCAUUAAUGCAGAUAUGCAAAAGUCAUUAGAUUUAGCAAUUAGUAAAUUUGAAUCUGGUGAUAUAACGGGAGUUGUGGAAUUGGAAGGACUUUUACAAGUGAAUCGUCUUACUCAUAAACUUUUAAGUAAAUGGCUUGCAUUAGAUGAAUAUGAUGCUAUGUUUCGUGAAGCAAAUCAUAAUGUUUUAGCCCCAUAUGGAAGAAUCACUCUUCAUGUAUUUUGGGAAUUGAAUUAUGAUUUUUUACCGAAUUAUUGUUAUAAUGCAGCAACGAAUAGGUUUGUAAAAUGUCGUGGACUUCAAUUUGUACAAGCAGUACAUAGAGAUAAACCUCCUCAAAUGUCUCAUCAUUAUCUUUGGGGAAGUAAACAAUUAAAUUUAGCAUAUAGUACACAAUAUGGGCAAUAUUCGGGAUUUGUUGGACCACAACAUUUCCGUACAAUGUGUAAACUUCUUGGAUAUCAAGGUAUUGCAGUAGUAAUGGAAGAACUUUUAAAAAUUGUGAAAUCUCUAAUUCAAGGAAGUUUACAUCAAUUUACUAAGACAUUAAUGGAGGCUAUGCCAAAAGUUUGUAAACUUCCAAGAUACGAUUAUGGAUCCCCAGGAGUUUUGGGAUAUUAUCAUGCUCAAUUAAAUGACAUUGUGCAAUAUCCAGAUGCUAAAACGGAACUUUUUCAUAAUUUUCGCGAGUUUGGUAACACAAUCUUAUUUUGUCUUUUAAUGGAACAAGCUUUAUCACAAGAAGAGGUUUGUGAUUUAUUACAUGCAGCCCCAUUUCAAAAUAUAUUACCAAGACCAUAUUGUAAAGAGGGUGAAAAACCAGAAACUAAGCAGAAACGACUUGAAGCCAAAUAUGCAGCUUUACAAAUCGUCCCAAAUGUAGAUAAUUUAGGUACAGCUAAACAAGCAAUGAUUGCCAGAGAAGGAGAUUUAUUAACCCGAGAACGGCUUUGUUGUGGUUUGUCUAUAUUUGAAGUAGUGCUCAGUAGACUACGUAGUUUCUUAGAUGAUCCUAUUUGGGUUGGUCCUCCUCCUGUAAAUGGAGUAAUGAAUGUUGAUGAAUGUACAGAAUUUCAUAGAUUAUGGAGUGCGUUACAAUUUGUAUAUUGCAUUCCUGUUGGGGAAACAGAAUUUACUGUUGAAGAACUAUUUGGUGAAGGUUUACACUGGGCUGGAUGUGCUAUGAUUGUAUUACUUGGUCAACAAAGGAGAUUCGAAGCUCUUGAUUUUUGCUAUCAUAUUUUGAGAGUACAACGUGUUGAUGGUAAAGAUGAAAACGUUAAAGGAAUCCACUUAAAAAGAAUGGUGGAUAGGAUUAGAAGAUUCCAAGUGCUAAAUUCACAAAUUUUUGCUGUAUUAAACAAAUAUUUGAAGAGUGGAGAUAGUGACGCAACAAGCGUUGAACACGUUCGAUGUUUUCCACCUCCAAUUCACCCCUCGCUUGCUCAUGUACAACAGCAACACUAUCAUACACCAGAAUAUUUACGUCAAAUGAAUCAUCAGUGAAAUAAUAUAAGUAUUAUAAGCAAGAAUAUUUAUAAUUUAGUAUAAUCAAGGCUGAAUCUCACUUUUUAAAUUAUUUGUAAUAUGAAUUUCGAGCAUUUAUCUAAACUUUCUUAAGGUAAUAUAUGUUGCGUUUCCAUUAGUGCAUAUAAUUUGUUUUAUUUUUCUGUAAAAAGAUAUAAAUUCUUAUAUAUAAUUUGUAAUAAUAUUAUAAUUAUGCAUAGUACGUUGUUAACCCCUUAAGGUCCAUCUUCGUAAUAUUACAUUUAAUAUAUUAUGCAAAGCGUUUUUUUUAACACAUUUUUCUAAAUUUCAGUGAAC